AUGGCUAACGUACUUACUGCCCCCGAUGCCUGGACCUCUGUCGUUAACGUCUUCGGGGAUGUUGUAUUCGUCGACAUCCAAAAUGCCAUCUCCUUAAAUAACACUUACUGCUUCAACGUCCACUUAGAUUCUCCCAGCCCCAAGAAAAUUGUUUUUCACAUCCGGCAACUUGAACAAACCAAUAAUCACGACUCGGGUUCAGAUGACUCGCUCACUGAGUAUGAAUCCGACGAAGAGGAGAACGGCGGUAACGGGGACGAUGCGGAGAUGAAGACAGAAGAUGCGGAGGUCGGAAUCGCUGAGGUUAAGGUUGAAGAUGAGGAUCUAGGCGCAGUGAUCGGUGGUCCAGACUUCCAGCCUGUAACUGCAUCCCCUUGCAGCCUUCUUACUAGGCGCUUGGGGAACCCUCAUCCAGACCCCGAGAAUCCUACUGCGCCAUGGAACUACUACGUGAAGAAAAGAGCUGAAGCGCCGGAGGACCAUGAGGGGAACUUAGUAGAAGAUCUGGCAGCAACCUCAUAA